ACCAGCCGCCAUGGCCUCAGCGCUGCUGCCCCGCUGCACAUCUGCCAGCCUCCCCGUCCUCCUGCUCCUGUUCUCGGCCACCACUGUGCAGUCUUCUCCAGGCGACAAGGAGCCGGUGUACCGAGACUGCGUGAAGCAAUGUGUCCGGGUCAACUGCACCGGAGUCCGGCUCCGGGGUUUCCAGUCUGCCCAGCCGCAGUACAUGGUGCUCACAGGUUGGACAUGCCGGGAUGAUUGUCGCUAUCAAUGCAUGUGGACCACCGUGGGCCUUUACCAGGCGGAGGGGUACAGUAUCCCACAGUUCCACGGCAAGUGGCCAUUUGCGCGCUUCCUGUGUUUUGAGGAGCCAGCAUCUGCCCUGGCCUCUCUGCUGAAUGGCCUGGCUUGCCUUCUCAUGCUGCUGCGCUAUCGGAGCACGGUGCCACGCCAGAGCCCCAUGUACCACACCAUCAACGCCUUCUCUCUGGUUUCGCUUAAUGCCUGGUUUUGGUCCACGGUGUUCCACACUCGGGACACCUAUCUCACAGAGAAAAUGGACUAUUUCUGUGCAACAGCGGUCAUUCUUUACUCAAUCUACCUAUGUUGUGUCAGAACGUUGGGUCUGAGGCGACCCGGGGUGUCCAGCAUGGUGGGAGUCCUGCUCAUCUUGGCCUUUACCUCGCAUGUGUCCUUCUUGACCUUUGUCAGUUUCGACUACGGCUACAACAUGGCUGCUAACGCCUCCUUCGGCAUGGUGAACCUCCUGUGGUGGCUGUGUUGGUGCUGGCAGAACCGGCGGACGCUGCCAUACUGGUGGAAAUGCGGCCUGGUGGUGCUGCUGCUUCAUGGUCUGGCCCUUCUGGAGCUGCUGGACUUCCCCCCAAUGUUCUGGGUCCUAGAUGCGCAUGCUGUGUGGCACCUCAGCACAAUACCAGUGCACUUCCUUUUCUACAGCUUCCUGAUAGACGACAGCCUCUACCUACUGAACACAGAGAAGAUGGGCGUCAAAGUCGAGUAGGAGGAGCUCAGCACCUCUUCACCACGCCUACACCAUCGCACGUCUCCAAUCAGGGCAGCCGGACACCCGAACCCGGAAGUAGCCCAGCCUCCCAGAUGACAUGCAUGACACCACAUUGACUUCCAUCAAAGUAGACUUUGUUUACAUUUUUCUUGUUUUUAUGAUUUUAAGUAUUUAUUUGGGGGGUUAAUUAAAUGUUUUGGAUCACGAUGGAUGCUUGCUCAACUUAACUUUGCCUUGUACAGACAUGUGCUCUACGAUUCUGACAUUUAUCACCAAAACAGGAUGAAGGAAAAGGUUUUGUGUUGCAAAUCCCGUUACCUUCGACUCUCGGUGCUUCUGAAAUUGAUCCCCUGAACCAUUGAUUUUACUCUCACCAGCCUCUUGGACGUCAUGCUUAGCUCUGCACAAAUGCACAGUUUGCUGUGGCUGACAAUAGAUGGCACCAAAUCCCUUGCGAUGCCAUCAUAACGUUCUGUGUUUGGUACGGAAUGUGUCAGAGUCCAUCUGUGCUAAAAGUGGACUGGCGGACACAGAGAGUUGCCCCUUGUGAAGUGGGCUGCCAGUGGAUUGUUCUAGAGAGAGAGGGGGAAGGGGGUUUAUGUUUGGAGGCCAUUCUAGCUGACUGUGUUUUUUUUGUUUUCUUUUUUCACCAUCACACCUUGAUUUUUGUGCCUGGAUUGUUUCCAUUGCUGCUUUUGUCUCUUAUACUCUUCUGUAUAAUUUCAAAUGUAUUUUUUGUAUGUAUAAUUUUUAUCAACUUCCCAAAUUGAUUUAAUUCUGUUAUUGUUGACCAAUUUGUGUGCUUUGUUUACUUUUUUGACUUUGAUUUUUAUUUUUUAUUUUGGUGGGAUAUGGCGGAUGAUUAUGAAAUGGAAAUAUUGUUUUCAUUCACCUGGAUUGCCUUUUAGAGUGAGGAGAGGGAGAAAAAUGAUUGAGGUAGGAGAAAUAAGCUGCAACAGGAAGCC